AUGUCACCACCAUUGAGGAAAAAGCAAAAGCGGGGGAAAGAGCAAGAACUUCAUCUUUUGUCCUUCCCAAAUGAGCUAUUGUCUUUUAUCUUCUCCCGUUUAUCUCCAAGAGAUAUUAUUAACUUAUCUUUAGUAAACAAGAAACACAGAAAAUGUUUACUACCAUUUGUAUUUCGAAGCGUCACCAUGUGCUGGGAAGAGAUUGAGAAAUUCACCAAGGCUUUCAAUUUACGAGCGCCGACCGUAGACUAUUCCACUCCAUCUUAUAAUCUAUCUACAACAAGGCUAGUUCUGUUGGUGACGCUGUUACUGAUUAUAGAAGCGAACAAUAAGCUAGAGUGGCAUUUAUUCAACCAUUUAGACUUAAUUAUUACAAAACUAUCGAAUAUCAACGACUUAUCGAUCAAAAUUUCUUCUGCAUCAUUCUGCCUCAAAUAUUUCGCGUUUAAGGAUUCAAUAAAAUCUCUAACCCUUGAAACAGACAAGAUUAACUCACUAUUCAACCUUGAGCACCUAAAUCAGUUUUCUUCUAUUGAAAACCUUACUCUAAAGAAUUUCAGAUUCGUCAACUUCAAAAAUGGGACAAAUGAAAAUGAGGAUUAUGAAGAUGCUACUAGUGAUUUUGAAAAAGCUCACCAUGAAAAACUAUUUCAUCUUCCUUGCAUAACCAACUUAUCCCUUAUCAAUUGCUCUUGGGAUUAUCCAUUUAACUUAAACCAAUUUGUUUACAAGAGCCCAGCAUCGUUAGAUCAUUCUUUAUCCUCCAUAAUCCUCAGCUAUUCCGAAGAAAACAGCUUUUUGUUGAGCGAGCGCUUUAAACACUACUUGUCAAACCCCAUAAUAUCACCAAGUCUUCAAUCCUUUACCCUUGAUCUCAAAAAUAAUAAAGACAUUGUCAAGUAUGUGAAUAUAGAAACUUAUCUAAGCAUCGUAAAGCUAAGAGAUCUUAAGUCCGUCAGUUUGUUAGGGAUACCGUUUCAGGAUUGUGAUUUCUUUCAUCUGUUAUUCGACGGUAAUGACAGCAUUUCCAGCUUUCGAAUUUCUUUCAGCGGCUUUUGUUUCCGUGAUAAGAACCAAAAAUUACAAUUGGAAGGCAAGAUCGCCUCUCAUCUUCAGGAUUUAGCGGGCACCCGUCAUCUCCGUUGGCGGGUCUUUAGAAGCCCUGAGUGCUAA